GUAUACACGUACACUUGGACUCGAUCACAACAAACCUUAACUACACCUGUUCUUGACCACAAUCCGGAACGAAUUAAUUAAAAAAUUUUGUUUCCUUGACAGAGACAUCUAGACCGUAGACAGUCAUAUGUCGUUAAUGCUGUGAUUAAUUACCCUAAAAUCGCCCCAGAAAACUUCAUUUCUUGUUUGAUCUCACUUUUCUUGUCAUUUUUCUAAAAUGUAAAUGUUUUACUGUACAAUUAUUGUACCGAGAAAAACAAAUAACCAUCCCUGAUAUGAAACUUUGAGAGAAAAAAAAACCUAUACUUGUCAUCACAUGUUACAUGUACGUAUUACAGCAUUGAUAACUAAAAUAAAAAUCAUUUAUAGACCUGCAACAUUUUUUCAUCCCCCACUUAGAGGGACACGGUGGCAAUUAGUCACCAAAUCUGGUAUAAGCGAUGUGUGAAUCAGCUAGCCCAUCAUAACACAAAACUACACAACAAAGGGGACGCCAGAGCUUAAUGAGCGAGCUGUCUGGGCCGCUACUUUGGGACCGUUAAGUGUCAGUCCCUCGCACAAGCAGAUACUACUGGACAUUAAUGACAGUGCAUUGUUCUAUUUGUUGUUGUCAUAACUCGCUUUUACACGCCACGAUUCUUGUAGAUUUCCCAGACUAUUCGCGACGUCUUUAGAAAAAAAAGUGGAUUUUUGCUCGACAUAUGCCGUGGGUACUGUUUUUGUUUUUUUAAACUCGAGUUGGAUUUAAUCCCCAAAAAAACAACUUGGAAAUAUAACAGGGAAAUAUUCCUUUUUUCGUGGGGUUUCGUGAUGACGCAAGCUUAUAAUAUCAUAUCCUUGACAUGGUGCAUUCAACAGUAAAUGUUCAGACGUCGCUGUAAAGUGGGAGUAAUUUUAAACCAAAUUGUGUCUAUUUUAAAAGCAUAUAGGAAGUGAGUUAAAUCAAAGUGAGGGGAGCUUUUCUGUGUCAAAAUGACACUUUCAAAUUUGUCCUCUAACAUGCUGGAUGCAAUGAAUGGAACAGUCGGAACCCCGGAGUUGGCUACUUCCACCAGUGUCCCGUCAAACCCCGGACACCACUUGGAGAGCCUCGCCAACUCCCUCCUCUCACGGAUGAAUGAAGAAGAAAAAAUUCGACAGAUCCCCUUGGCUUUGUUUUUAAUCGUUCUCUCCGUGACAGGAUUCUUAGGAAAUAUUUUAGUCUGUUUUAUCUAUGGUAGAGUCUACAAAAUUUCAAACUCUCGCACAUUUAUCAUUUGCCUUGCAGUUGUUGAUUUAUUCACGUGUGCCAUUGGAAUUCCUAUGGAACUGGUGACGUCAAUGGAUCAGUAUCAGUUCCAUUCCCCCUGGGUUUGUAAAAUCUCGCGGUUUACGAAUAUUUUCACGACCAUUACGUCUGCUGUCGUGCUUGUGCUAAUUGCAAUGGACCGUUACAGAAAGAUCUGUCGCUCCCUUGAGUGGCAAAUCACGGACAAACAUUCAAAAAUUUUGUGUGUUUCUUCUGUAGUUGCGGGCCUUGUGUUAUCUUGGCCAGCUCUUCCUCUGUAUGGAAUAAAGUCGACAGAACUGGUGCUGUCACCCAUUGUAAACGGCACAUCAACCGAGUGUUCGAUCGAUGAUUCGUCCAAAAACACGUCACUUCCGCUGGUGUACGAAGCACUGCACACCUUAGUGUUUCUGGUUGGAGUCUUUUCUCUUGUAAUUUUGUACAUUCUGAUAGGAAGACGUGUUCGUUUUUUUGCACAUCGACACGAAGCCCGAAGAGCUAGCUCCUCCAAUGGAUUGGAUGCAACGGACCAGCGAAAUAAAAGUCGAAAAACGAGGCGAGAGAGACUGCAGAAACUUCAAAGCGAGUGUUCGUCGUCAGAAGGCGAAUCCAAUGCCUCAACAGAAACGAAAUCCUCUGUCAUUAAAAACUCGCCACUGAAAAGCAAAAUCAGUUUUACUCUAUCGUCCGGAAUGGGGAACAAUGCCGUGGAUAUGAAACCAAGUGCAUCUACCUUAAGCCGGAACGACUCGGUCAAUCUGAACGCUCCUAUCGUGGCCAAGCAGGCGAAGUGCCGGAAGAGCCUGGCUCGAAACACGACCUAUCUCAUGUUCAUUAUAUCGGUUGUGUUCAUUCUGAAUUUCGUGCCAGUUCUGACUCUGGUUCUGAUUAGAGAACUGAAGAAGGACUUCGUUGAGAACAUGUCAGAUCCUGAGAGAACGGCCUACCGCUUCUUCCUACGAUCCUAUUACAUCAGUGCGGCUGUUAAUCCAAUCAUUUACUCUAUUUUUGACAGGCGAUUCAGGAAAGCUGUCAGUUGUACUAUGCGUGAAAUGUUUGACAAAUUUACGUGUUGUAAACCUUCAUAAACAAAAUUACUAGAAUAUUUUUUUUUAUCAUCAUGAAGUUAAUAAAUGUGUACU